UCCGAUAAAAUCUAAUAUAUUAAUUGUGACUAGAGAAGGUAGAGAGUGUGUACAAUGUUAUCUAUUGAGUAGAGAAACUCCUCUUUCUGGACAUGCAGUUCUAUACUUGGUGUACACAGGCACAGUUAAUUUUGUGGUGCAAUGAUGGCUGAAAAUGAUGAAACUUUAACUGAUCCUUUAUCACUAGAUAAUCUAGACAAGCUAGAUAGACUUCAUUUGGAGGUUGAAGAGGUUGAGGACCGGAGUUCCUCAACAGAGGGACCAGAUUCACCAGGAUAUUCAGCUUCAAGUUCUCCUGUUCCAAUGAUGCUCCCAUCUUCUCCCACUCAUCUAGACUAUAAACCUCCUAGAUACUCAGUUAGAUUUACUGAUAAUGUCACAAAGGAUGGAGAUAUUCUAAAGUAUACGAUUAAUGUACGGAAACUGUACGGGUACGGAGAUAUUAAAACAAUCACAAGAGAAUAUGACGACUUGGCAUACUUGGAUCAUCAACUACUAACAAACAAUAGAAAACCUGGUCUUAUCUUUCCUCCCCUUCCCUCCAGACCACUUACAGAUCCUGCCUCUGCUGAAUCCCGGUCCAGAAAACAGCUUGGAUCCUCAAACCGAUCCAUUAUAGGGGAUGCGAGUCAGUGGUCAAAGGAUUGUCGUGCUCUGGAAAGAUAUUUGGAAAUGGUGGUUUCUCAUCCAAUUAUUGGAAAGGAUUCAAGUCUCUCAGAGUUUCUGGAGAGACAAGACCCUCCACCCAGGCCGAGCAAGUUGAAGAAAGGAUGGCUUUCAGGUGUUAAAGAUAAGUGGGAUUCAAGGCACAGUGCUGCAAAAGAUUGUGAUGAAUGGUUUGGGAAGGAGAGAGAAUGGGCGACAGUGUAUUCCAGUAAUAUCAAAGAUACCAGUGAAAAGUUCCAGCAGAUGGUGAGUGCUAGGCUUCGUCUUAUUCAGCAGAUGGGUCAUCUUGCAGCAUCACUUAAUAUUACAGUUGCUGGUAACGAAGGAGCCAAUGGUUUAUACAACAAACUAAACUCUGGAUUCUCAGGGUGUGUUGAAACUAUGAAGACAGGACUGGAAAACGAGGUUGCAGCUGAGGAGGUCAGCCUAGGUAGUUACCUGGAACAGUACUCUAGAUGCGUUGAGGCAGAAAACUCAAUGCUUUUAAGACGAACCAGUUUAAUGGUUGAAGCUGAGAGUGCGGCUAGAGGGGUGGAGAAGGCCAAACCAAACCGAGAAGAGGCGGCAAAGCUGAUUAGGGAUGAAGCUGAACGUGAGUUUGUAGAGUGUAGUGAGCUUGCAAAAUCAGAGAUAACAGCCUUCCACUCAAAACGUAUUCAAGAUUUUAAACUCGCGCUCCUUCAUUAUGUUGAGGGACAGAUCAAAUGUGCACGAGAAAACUACAAAGCAAGUGCACAGUGUUUGGAAACAAUGAAAAAGUUUCCAAUAAAUAAGGUUGAGACAGUUGAUCCAAAUCACAACAGUUGAAGGAGUUGAAGCAUAAAAUCCAAUCUCUUAAACCUAUUUAACUGUUGAUAGUAUAAACUAACUAAUUUAUUGGUUAUUUAUCAAAAAACAUCAUUAAAAAGUUCAUUAUUACAGUGGUAGGCGAUUUCAACAAUAUAAUGAAGACGACUUUCGAUUUCAAUUUUGUUUCUAUCAACAUACAUGUUAAAUAGCAUGGAUACAUAUAAACAUAGAACUCAAGAGAAACCCUCAUUUUAAAAAGUUUCUCUUUGAUUACUUG